AUAUCUCUGUACUGUGUCGCAGGAACGUCCAGGGUGAGCUUGUUUUUUUUUCUGGGAGAUCCUGGGUUGGACUGGAUGACGUUGGAUUAUGCUGGGAGAACCAUGGGUUAAACUAGCUGACCCUGGGCUGCGCUGGGUGACCCUGGGUUAUGCUGGAUCUGAAGACCACCACCCCUUCCUCAGUUGAUGCAGGUCCCUUUAAAUGGCGCAAUGGUCGGCGCCACCCCAGACUGAGUCAUCUGACGUUCGGUUUCCGAGCAGAGCGAAUAGUUCCGCGCUUCGAGCUGCUCUCGGAUCCAGUUCCUUAGCGCCCGGUGCGAACCCCUCUGCCCACAGCCCUUCUGCUCCGGAGUAAUAUGAUCUGCCAUCGCCUUCUGUACCUGUUGCUGACCGUGCUGCCCGGGAUCGCGGCUCACCAGGAUUAUCCCACCAUUAGGAAAAGUCUGUCAGACUGCUCAAAUAAAACUACAGAAUACAUUGCUAGAGGACUUCAGUUGUGCUGCAGCAAAUGUCGACCAGGUACACAUCAGCUCCAGGCUUGCUCGAAGGACAUGGACACACAGUGCAGGCCAUGUGGGAAUAACCAGUACACAGCAUAUUGGAACACACUGAAGAAGUGCAGGGGAUGUGAAGCUCAGUGCAGUGAAGACCAGGAAGAGGUUCAGGCCUGCACAUCAACCUCCAUGAGGGUGUGUCUAUGCCGUGAGGGUUCCUACUGCAUUGAUGCUGCUGGCAAAACCUGUAACCAAUGCCGGAAAUAUUCCGAGUGCAAGGAAGGUUAUGGUGUAAUUGAGCAAGGAACUAAAGAUACCGAUGUGAAAUGUGCACCAUGUGCUUCUGGAACAUUCUCCGAUAAAGUCUCUUACACUGAGGAGUGCAGACCCCACACUGAGUGUGAAACAAAGGGGAGAAAGACUUUACGCAAGGGAAGCAGCAUGAACGAUACAGUUUGCAGCGAAUUAUUAUUACCAAUGCCCCCUGCUCAGACAAAAGCCAUUCCAACAUCUACACCCCAGCCUUCUACUCUGACACAGGUCACGCAUUGGACUGAGAAGGAAGAACCAACCAUGAUCCACGGCACAGAGACUUCACUAGACUUUUCUUCUAGUUCCUGGUUGGUGGUAAUAUGUGUCGGAAUUUUUGCCUUGAUCACUGUGGCAGUUGUGAUAACAGUCUGUGUCAAUCGCAAGAGAAAAGGGAGGAAGCCUGAUCUGAAGGCUGAUGUGCCUGUGAAGAAUGUCAGUCAAAUGGAGGCGAUCUGUUUAAUUAGCGGGAAUGAAAUUGAGCCAGAGGGAGUGGUCCCCAGGAAUGGGACCUGUGGGCAGAACAGUGGAGCCUUGCCAGUAGGAGACCAGCUCCCUUCAUUAUCCAGGUCCAGCAGUGGAGAGUCACGAGGCGUCAGGAGGAAGCCGGAUGUGGAGAACAGCCUGAAGGAGGAGGAUCAGAUGCAGGCGCACUUUGCUACUUUGAACAAUUAUUCACAGAUGGAUUGUCAGGAAGACCAGGGAUACAUCAGCCGGGAAUCCCGGCCCAGCUCAGGAACCCCUUCACCUGUUUUGGAAUUCAUUGGAAAUCCGACAGUGAGUGUUACAAUAAACACCGGCAAGUGUUUUGUCAACUGCUGCCAUUGCCCGGAGGACAAGGCUGCUGGCCCAAGCUCAGAUGAGGACCAGUAUCAUGCUCCAGAGGAGGAGGAGGGAAUUGAAGUGGAUGAAGGGUUUCCAAUCCAGGAGGAACAGAAGGAUUCAGAGUCAGGGAAGUGGAAAGAGGACGGUGGCUCGGUGGAGGCCGUGCAGAAGGAUUGCUGGUGGUAUAACUCAGUGCCACACCAGGAGGACGGGAAGGAGUCACACCUUCCAGUCCAGGACACUUCUGGGAAUGUUUACUGAGUGAGGAAUGAAGGCCAUGGAAUGGCCUGUGUCCUUGUGCUGAAGGCAACUUGUGCCUUGGAGGGCUUGUGAGUGAGGCUACUAUUUAAGCUACUGGUGCUCAACUCGCCUGUGAAACUCUUGAAAUUUCACCCACUUGUACAUGAGCCAAGUGAUGGAGAAUGGAGAAUUUGUGGGGAUCUCCAGAGCUACAGUUCAGACCUCGACACCUCGUUGAAUAAAACAGCAGUUUUUAUGAUUAUGACAAGACAGUCCAGGAUCCAUGGGUUGUUAUUGAGAUCUGUAAAUGCCAAGUAUCCCCAGUAGAGCACUGCCUAGUCAUGUCACAACAUUACCAGCAAGUUGUCACUCUGUUCCAUCCAGCCUGUCUCACCCAGUGUGACCCUUCCUGUAUCACAAUAUGUUACACUGCCCUCCCCACCCAAAACCUCAGGUAUCCCUGCAGGAGGCUAUAAAUAGAGGGGAAAUUCCUUCCACAUUGCUCCCUCUUGCUCUCAGUUGAGGAAGGAACCACCCUGAAUUCCCUGCAGUACCUACCCCCCUCAUACAAGACAAUGUUCCCUACCAGGAUCUAGACACGGGGUCUUGCUCUUGCUUUGGUGUUCACUGCCAAGUCAUUAGAUUGUUCCAGUGCUGCUCUAUUCCCUGAGGAAAAGCCAGGUAUCAUCUAAAGAUCCAAUGAACUUGGACAACACAAGACUCCUUUUCCACCCCCCCCCCCCCCCCCCCCCAUCCUCCCCAACUAAGUAAAAUAGGCCUACAUUCCUUGGAGAUUACAAGAAUAGGGUGACCUCAUUGAAACAUCCAAGGUAGAUAUUGCAAGAUGGUUUCCCCUGGCUGGAGUGCCUGGAUUGGUGCUCAGGAUAAAGAGCAGACAUUUAAAACUAAUGAAGAGAAAUUUCUUCAUGUUGGAAUUUUCUACCCCAGAGGACAGUGGCUACUCAGUCACUGAGUGCAUUUAAUUGGUAGAAAGAUGGAUUUCUGGAUUUUAAUGGAGUCAAGGAAUGGAUGGGGAAAGGAUGGGUAGACUUGAGGUAGGAUGAAGGUUUAUGUGGCCUGUCCCUGUUUCUCAUGGGAACAGGAACAAACUGAUAACUUGAAUACAGUCCAUUCCUUCAUCACCACAUAACUUUUAAUCAGAUCAUCCUAAAGUCUUUUCUCCGAAGUGUAGCGUCCCAACUCUUUCAUAUCUCAAUAAUUCUACCCUGUUUCCACGGAGCUCCAUCCUGUGAUGUUCUGAUGCUCAAACAAAGUGUGGGAGUGUAUUUCAUGCAAGAUCCCAGUCAGGUCUGUUUGGAACAGACAUUAAUGAGCUAAUGACAAUUUUUUCACUCCAUCUUUCCAAAACUAACACAACUGCAUCAAACUUUAUCUGAGAGUAGCACCACUGGUAUCCCAAAAUACACACUGGAUUGAAAAAAGCUAAUGUAAAUAUGACUAUUUAGACCUAUAUUAAUGCAGUUUAUUAUUCAGAAUUAUUAGGAAGCAAAUAUUGUGAUUAAAAAACACCUUUUCACUUAUCCCUCCCAGCCAACCCCAUCGCCCUCUGCUCUCCCUUUCACACCUUCCCUUCCUCUCCAUCCCUGUCUGUCUCCCUAUCCCUCUCCUUUUUACUUUCCAUUCCUCUCCCUUCUCCUUAUUCCAUUCUAUUUUGAUCAUUCUCCUCCUGUCUCUACUUCCUCACUCUACCAUCCCACUUCUCUCAUCACCAGACCUCUCCCUUUCACUCUAAUUUUUUGAAAUCAGGGGAAAGAAAGAGUGGUGAACGUACAUGGGAGGAUAGCAUGUGGUUGAUGUAAUUCCUCGUAAGUAAGAUUUUUAUAUGUGUAAUGGAAUUGAUAAUAAAUACUUUUGUACCUUC